CCUUCAUAAUUUAUACUCAAGCAUCUCAUACCAGUAUACCUAAGGCAACUAAGAGGAAUCAUUUUCAUUCAGAUUGUCUAAUUAUACUGCAAGGAGUGAUUCGAUACGAUUUAUUGGUCUUAUUGACUGUUUGCCUAGCUCGAUUCCGAAGAGCUGACUAGGCCAGCUUUAGGUAACCAUUAGUAUACGACAUCAAGUACAUAAUUCUUAUACGCCUACCCCGUACCACUUACACAGCCAACCUUAAACCGAUCCUAUCUUCAUACCAAGAACCAUCUACAGGAAUUCAGUAUGGCUUCAGAUCAAUCAAAAUAUGCUAUGCAUGCCGCUGCUCGAGAAGGCAAAGUCACCGUCGUCGAGUCGUUGCUAAAUGUAGACCCGAAGCUAUCUCGUCUCAAGGACGACGACGGCCGACUUCCUAUCCACUGGGCUGCGUCUGCGAACAACAAAGCUAUCGUCCUACUCUUAGCUCAACAGAAAGACUUCGAUCCCGAUGUCGAAGACGAGAGUGGUUGGACCCCGCUAAUGAUCGCGGCGAGCGUGAAAGACGGUGAUGCUGUAGUGGAGCUGUUACUAUCAAGAGGCGCCGAUGUGAACCAGAAGAAUAAUAAUGGACAAACAGCCCUACACUUCGUAGCCUCCAAGAACAAUCUCGAAGUAGCCCGCAAGCUACUCGACAAUAAACCACCCGCCUCCGCACGUGUGCGCGACAAGCGGGGGCAAUACGCACUCCACCGAGCCGCAGCCGUCGGCUCCGUGCCGAUGAUCAACUUACUCCUCCAGCAUCGCAGUCCGCUUAAUGCUACCGAUAACUCGAGUUAUACCGCCUUGCAUCAUGCUGUUGCCGAGGGUCACGGUGCCGCAGCAGUCGCCUUACUAAAGGCCGGCGCCGAGCUAGACAAGCGGGAUGUAGAUGGUUAUUUGGCACUAGAUCUGGCGCCGGAUAAAGAGGUGCGGAAGUACAUAGAGCGGGAAGCUGAGAAUGAGGGAAUUGAGCUCUAAAUUCAAUGCUGUGCUACUUUAGAUCCCGAUUAAGGCACCGGGUUCCGUCAGCAUGACUGACUAGACGUACUGAGACAUUCAUAG